AUGUGUCGCGAUGUGUAUGGGAUGUGGGAAUUUGUGAUGGACGUGAUGCAGCGGAGGCAGCAGUCGUUGGGGUGGCGCCUGGUGCCGAGGGCGUGUUUUGGGUGUUUUCGCGUGCGCGAGAAAGAGCAGUUCUCGCCGCAGCAGUACCGCCUGUCGCGCAAGUACAACCAUGGCGAGUACUGGCGCCGGCGCUGCUGGGAGUGUCUGAGGCGGUUCUACCACCCGCAGCUGGCCGACACUGAGGCUCGCGCGCGCUUCCACAGGCAGGUGCUGUGCGGGGUGUGCAAGUGCCUGCGGUACGCCGACGAGGACUGCCGUGGCUGUGUGGUCAAGAGCGCGCAGAUUGCCGAGUGGCAGAGGCUGAGUGAGCUGAGCGGCAAGAAGCGGGUGCCUCGCGUGGACUGGAUGACGGACGCCGAUGUCAUGGUGCCUUCGUGGUUGGACGAGGAGGCUACUACUGCCAAGGAGGCCGACGAAGCGGAGGUGACAGAGCCCGACAAGGCGGCCGUGAAAAGGGGAAUCGACUUCUUAGUUGCAUUUACGGGGCUAAAAAGAUUUCAGGGGUGA